AAAGAAAAAAUCGUGACAGUGAGAAUCUUCCAGAGACGCGGGGCUCCGGUCGACUCGGACCAGCUUGUAUAUUUGUUUUGUGUGUGUGUGUGUGUGUUUUUGAGGGAGUGGGGGAUUCGGGUCACACAUCUCCGAGGAUAUGAGCCGUCCGAAGCGUCCGUGUUUCGCUGUCCAGGGUCCUGAGUGAGACGGAGCCAGCGGGGCGACCACGGAGCCUGACAUAACCCGUGUGUUGAAAAGCUCAGAAGCCAUGGAGUUGAGGGUGGGGAACAAGUACCGCCUUGGGAGGAAGAUAGGGAGCGGAUCCUUUGGAGAUAUUUACCUCGGCUCUAACAUUGCUACAGGAGAGGAAGUAGCCAUCAAACUGGAAUGUGUGAAAACCAAACAUCCACAGCUCCACAUCGAGAGCAAGUUUUACAAGAUGAUGCAGGGUGGAGUGGGAAUCCCGUCUAUUAAGUGGUGCGGAGCGGAAGGCGACUACAAUGUUAUGGUAAUGGAGCUGCUGGGCCCCAGUCUGGAGGACCUGUUCAACUUCUGCUCCCGCAAGUUCAGUCUGAAGACGGUCCUGCUGCUGGCCGACCAGAUGAUCAGCAGGAUUGAAUACAUCCACUCCAAGAACUUCAUCCACAGAGACGUGAAGCCUGACAACUUCCUGAUGGGGCUCGGCAAGAAGGGCAACCUGGUCUACAUCAUCGACUUCGGCCUGGCCAAGAAAUACCGGGACGCCCGAACGCACCAGCACAUCCCCUACCGUGAGAACAAGAACCUCACCGGCACCGCCCGCUACGCCUCCAUCAACACCCACCUGGGCAUUGAGCAGUCAAGGCGAGACGACCUGGAGUCUCUGGGCUACGUUCUCAUGUACUUCAACCUGGGCUCUCUGCCCUGGCAGGGCCUCAAGGCUGCCACCAAGAGGCAGAAGUACGAACGCAUCAGCGAGAAGAAGAUGUCCACGCCCAUCGAGGUGCUCUGCAAGGGAUACCCAUCUGAGUUCUCCACUUACCUGAACAUGUGUCGCUCCCUGCGGUUCGACGACAAGCCGGACUACUCCUACCUGAGGCAGCUCUUCAGGAACCUUUUCCACAGACAGGGCUUCUCCUACGACUACGUCUUUGACUGGAACAUGCUGAAGUUUGGGGCCGGCAGGACCGCAGAGGAUGGAGAGAGGGAGAGGAGGGAGGGAAAAGAGGGCGAGGAGCGAGCAGGAGGAGGCCAAAGAGGAGCCGGAGGUCGCGCUCUGCCGCCUGCUCCGAACCCUUCAGCGGCCAACAGAGUCAGGAACGAGGCGGAUGCUGCUCCCUCGAACCCGGCCACGCGCGUGGUCCAGCAGUCAGGGAACCGCUCCCCUCAGGCGGGGAGAGCCGAGCGAGCCGAGCGAGAGAGGAAGGUGGCCAUGAGGCUUCAUCGCGGGGCCCCCGCCAACGUCUCCUCCUCCGACCUCACCGCACGCCUCGACCAAUCGCGCAUUGCCGCAUCACAGGUCAGUGUGCCGUUUGAACAUCUGGCAAAGUGAGCUACUCCUGGCUGACCUGCAGGUCAGUGGCAGCAGCUGCAGGGUAUCAAAUACCCCUUACUUUUCAAAUGGAUGAAUGAAAACAUGAGUGACUGGAGGAAGACAAGAGGAGCAGGAGGAGGCGUGGCAGGCCCUUAUUAAAGGAGGAGGGGGGUGGGGGGGAUGGAGGCCAUACGUGUGUCUGUCAGUAUGCUGUGUGAACAGUGGUGACCAGGAGGAGCCGGGGGAACAUUGAAAUGAUAGAAACCGGCGGGACAAACAAACUCUGGGCUGGAACUGGUUGGUACUGCUUUAUCGGGAUGUGGCUGGAAGGAGGGACGUGGCCCAAACAACACACAGGUCCCGCCCCUUCUUUGCUAAUAUUCACCUGCACAUCGACUCAGAGGCUCAACUUGCAACAGAAAAAAAAAAACGUGCACAAAAUGGACUAAAUUUCACAAAUUCUGUGGUUUACACCUGUGAUAAAAAAAAACAUCAACUAUUAACCUGCUACGAGCUACAUCCGCUGCUUAUGGUGUUCUUGAUUCUGAAUAAAUAUGUACACAACUAUGGCGACACAAACAACACACAACAACAGACGAGACAGGAGGAUGCUUGGGAACGGAUCAAAGGGAGGAUCAGAGGCGGGGGAAUACAUGUGAGAGUGUCUGCGUUGGGUUUGUGGACGGGGAAGCGAGGCUGCUUUAUGUCAAUAAGUGUCGCUGUCUGUCCGCGUGUUGCCGUCUUAAGUGUUCGUUUUGCCUUUUAGAUUUGCUUUUAGAGAGCCUUGAGGGAUGGAGGGGGGGAAGGUGACUGUUGGAUGAGUUACCCAUGAAUCAUAACAGAAGGCCGGUCCCCAAUUUAAACCUCCUUUCCUUUUGGCACACUUGUCGCUGACUUGCUGAUAUGAGAGCCUGACGAGCGGAACAUGUGCUACACUGAGAGGAAGACUGCUGUGAGUUGAGGACAGAAUGAAAGGGAGAGCCGCGAGGAUUGUACGAUAUGAUAACGCCUUAGUCCAGCUUGUAACUCCGGGUAUGAAAAGACUUGAGAAAGUUAGACGAUCUUGGUGGUGAACAAGUCUGGUGUUGUAUUUUUGUUCAUUACUUUAGCUUUUUUCCCCCCUCUGUUUUAUAAUACAUGUAAAAUGUGUAGAUACCUUUUGCCAGAUUGUGACAGAUAGUUUAACGAGUGGGGGCUGGAGAGAAGAGUACUGUUUACUUCCUGACAGCCCUGGGGGGGGGGG